CUCACCACGCUGCCUGCACUGACGCCUGACUGCUCGCCUGCCCCCUCAUGCUGCUGAGCGGACACUCCUCGGCUCCUCCAGGCAGCAGUCCCCAGCCGCUGGACUCCACAAGAAGCGUCCGGGCAGAGCCUCCCCGCAGCGGCAGCAUCAGUGGCAGAGGGAGCCCCCCAGCAGCCUCCAGCACGGGACAGCAAUGCGCCGGCAGCAUGGCCAAAUGGAUCAAGGAACACCUGGGCUUCAAAAGCUCCAAGCCGCCGCCUCCUGCCCCUCCUAAACCGGACUACAGGCAGUGCCAGGCUGGGGGGCACCACCAUCACCACCACCACUCCGCAGUGCCCCAGUUCCCUGUCACCCCAGCAGGACAGCCGGACAUCCUGGCGGCAUAUAAGCUGCAGAAGGAGAGAGACUUUGAGGAUCCCUACACUACUUCUAGUGCCACAGGUUCCAGUGCCCCUAUGAACUCCUCCAUAGUGCCCACUGCGCCUCCUGCGCCCACUGCCCAGUCCCCCUCCUCACCUUCUCCUGAAGUGAAGUAUGUGUCUCCUAAGCACAGGCUCAUCAAGGUGGACACUGGGGAGAAAGGAGGUUCAAGCCCCACCAAUAGCUCUAACCCUACUUCAAGUUCCUCCAGCUCUGGAGGAACCUCUCUGAAGUCUCCUCCUGCUGCAUCUGUGGCCCCUCAGCUGGAGGAAUGCAAACAGGACAAAGUAAUCAUUCUUGAAGACUAUGCAGACCCAUUUGAUGCUAAGCAAGGCCCAGGAAGCCAGACAACUGCAGAAAUAGUGACUGAGAAUGAUGGCUAUAUGGAGCCAUAUGAAGCUCAGAAAAUGAUGGCAGAAAUUCGCAGAAGGGGAUCCAAAGAUUUGCCUUGUAAACCCUUACAUUUAUAUGACACACCAUAUGAACCAUCAGAAAAUGGAUUUGAAUCAGAAGGUGAAAAAUCAUCUGGUCAACGGCCACGGGAGUCUAGGCUGCCACAGGAUGAUGAGCGGCCUCCAGAAGAGUAUGACCAGCCUUGGGAAUGGAAGAAAGAGCGAAUUUCUAAGGCAUUUGCAGUUGAGAUUAAAGUAAUCAAAGAUCUUCCUUGGCCUCCACCAGUUGGACAGCUGAACAGCAGUACAAACACCCAAGAAAGUGAUGUGAGCACUUCGUUCUCCCAGCAGCCUCCAUCUUCUCCUCACUUAACAUCCCAGAACAGCCUUGAAGACAGCAAUGACGAUGAUGAUGAUGAUAAAACAGGCAUGUCACCAUCCAGAGAGGAAAAACUCAGGCACAUGCACAGACACUCAGCUGGGAACUUGAAGGCUGUCAAGAAUCCAAGUUUAGAACAAAUCAGCUCAGUGGGAGAAAGAAUAGAUCCUUCACUGCCAUUAGAGAGUCAAUUCUGGUACCACGGCACAAUCAGUCGCACUGAUGCAGAGUGUCUCCUGAGGCUGAGCAAAGAAGCAAGUUACCUCGUGCGAAACAGCGAAACCAGCAAGAUUGACUUUUCCUUAUCACUGAAGAGCAGCCAAGGAUUCAUGCACAUGAAGCUCUCACGUACCAAAGAAAACCAAUAUGUCCUGGGACAGAACAGUCCACCUUUUGACAGCGUACCAGAAAUAAUCCACUACUAUACCAGCCGCAAGUUACCAAUUAAAGGCGCUGAACACAUGUCACUGCUUUACCCUGUUGCAAUACGGACAUUGUAACAGCAAGCAUUAGGAUGUUUAGAAGAUUGUCAAGAGAGGACCCAUCAACGACAUGUGGAUUUUUAUUAGUCUCACCCAAACAUUGACAGAAAUUACCAUCACCAACACAACAAAAUGGGAAAAAAAAAAUCCAACCUUGAUUUUAUAGAUUUUAAUUUUCUUCUCAUAGUUGUAGUGAAUGGAGCUAGAGGACAUAGAAACUUUUGCGUCGGUACUUUCUUAGUGGAUAAUAUAUAGUAUAAGCAAUACUGGCUGGUUUUUGCUUACUUUAUAUCACCAAACUGCCAAGAAUUAAUGAAACAAUAGUCCAGCUAAAUGGACACCAACCUGUUCUUAUAUGUAAGGAGGUCCUGGACUGUAAUGACCUGAAUGUUGCAAUACGUCUAUAUACAAUAUUAAAUGCUUGUUAUUUAAAAUAAAACAAAAUGCAUUUCCCAGUAUUUCUCUCUACAACAAAGUUAUCAGUUUGGGAAUUUGAAUCCUGUCUGCAGUGUGUGCGAGUGUGUGUAACAAUAUUUCAUCAGCAAUACUGUAUAAUGUUGUCAAGGUGUGAAGAGGCCAAGUAAAUGGAGCAGAUUAUAGAACCCUCAUCCAUUUCUGUUGGACAAAAAGAAGGCAAUAACAACAUAUAGGUUUAUUUUUGUACAUAAGGCCUCCAUUGAGAGUCACAUCCUUAUGCCUUAUUCACACGUCAGUGUUUUGAUCAGUGGUUUCAUCAGUAGGGUUAAGCAAACCCGAACUGCAAAGUUUGGGUUCGUACUGAACUUUGCAAGUUUGGGUACCCGUACCCGAACCCAGACUUUUUCACUGAAGUUUGGUGUUCAGGUAAUUUUAUA